CCGGCGAAUUUUGCAGCCAGUUUAGCUGCGAAACUGUCGACAGCGGAUGAUAACGGAUUUGUGCGACGGAGAACUUUGUCACCUACAUGGAAGCGAACUUCUCUACGGCGUAGGUUGUAAUGAUGAGCCUGCUGUUCAAAAGCCCUGUACAAGCGAGCUUGCACAAACUCAUGUGCUUCCUGUAGGUGCCGGAUUUGCUCUGUACGGAUAUCGAAAGCCUUCUGCUGGUCUUCUCCCCAUUUCCACCGCUGUUUCUUCUUGAGCAGCAGGGUUAGCGGAGAAACUACAUUGGAGAAAUUCUCGAUGAAUCGACGGUACCAGCUCGCAACACCCAGGAAUCGGCGUAACUCUCGGACGGUCUUGGGAGCAGGAAAUGACACUAUGGAUGCCACUUUAUCCGGAUCCGUACAGAUGCCUUCGGAAGUGACGACAUGUCCCAGGUACUUCAGAGACUUCCGGACAAACUCACAUUUGUCGGGAUUGAGACGGGCACCUUACGAGAUUCGGCCAAUCUCUCCACCUCCUCGAUGAAGCCGCUCACACUACCUGUGCCACCAAAUGAAAUAUUCCAUUUGUGAACAGGAAUGGUUGGCACCGGUGACGGUCGGGUUUCCGGCUCUAAUGGUAUUCUCUCUCUGGUCAUGGUCCUGCCAGAGCUCACACAAGAUGCAGGUGUACCAGUAUGUGAGACAUCAGCAGCUGUCGGAAGAUUGACCCCAUCUCCAAGAUCAAUCAGGGAUGUUUCAGCUCUUUCCGGUUGGAUCGGGGACAUCCCAGGUGAACUGGGAACCUCCACAUCCAAGAGGGACCGUUCCUGCUGUCUGGAUGGCUGUCCACGGGUGUUACUACUCAGUUGCUCCAGUGUCUCCAAGGCCUUAGUUGUAGUCGCCUUCAGUUGUUCGAUCAGUUGUAACUGUGUCUCAUCGGAAGUGACAAUAAAGUUCAGUCUUCCCUGAA